CAAGACUGGAUGCAAGGACAGAAAAAAUCUUUGUGGAGUUCAAAACAUCUCGAUGGCUUGAGUAUAUGGAAGAGUUCUAUGAUCGAGAAACAAGUCCAGCUUUUGGAUAUAAUUGGCGUAUCGAAGAGGAACUUGACGAUAAAGUUGGGGAAAGGAAAGGAGCGAGCGGCGAUGAGAGUGGCAAGGGAUCAGGACCAGGCGGCGGUGCGCUUGGCAAGGGAACAAAAUCAAGUGGUGGUGAACAUGGCAAGGGAUCGGAACCACGGGGCGGUGCCAGUGGCAAAGGCCUGGGACCGAGCGUCGGUGCAAGUGGAAAGCCAAUAAGUCAUGGUGAACUGCAAAAACACGAAAUGCGUCAAGGGCGUCAAGCAACAGAGGGAAAGGUAUCAGGACCAAGCGGCGGUGCACAUGACAAGGGAUCGGGUUCGCCUAUGGGAUUAGAACCAAGGAGCGGUGCACAUUGCAGGGGAUCGGGUUGGCCUCUGGGAUUAGGACCAAGCGGCAGUGCACAUGGCAGGGGAUCGAGAGGCGAUGCAAGUGGCCAGGAUUUGGGAGGAAGCGGCGGUGCAAGCGUCAAGGGCGUAAGUCAUGGAGAACUGUCGAAAUGUGUCGAGGAUGUCCUUCCGGAUGACCAAGUUUGGGCGACCACUGUGUUGAAGAGCGAGAGUGUUACUGCGCAAGUGGAUAAUACUGGUGCACUUGCAGAAUUAGAGAUGCCAUUGGAUAUGCCAACUGAGAAAGAUGAACAUGAAGUCUCUUUGGACAUGAAGAAUGAAAGCGCGACUGCAGGUGCAAACGAAACUGCCAAUGUACAGGCCAUUGAAAAGGAUGAAGGACAUAUAGUACUAAGUACACGGGAGCAACAUACGCUUGUACAUCCUGAACUUAUGGUUGCAAAAUCAGAAGCACAACAGUCUGUUAACCUCGUGAUAUCUAUCGACGAAUCUCUUUUUACACCAUCGCAUGGUGCGACAGAAGAUCGUGUUGAAGACAAAGUGUUAGUGAGCCACCGAGGUGAGCACGUACUUAUCUUUAAGGGAAUAUCUAAUACUUAGGGGGUACAUGCACUCAUCCCAUAGGAACUAAUUUUUUGUCUAAGUUUGCAACCGUGCGCUCGGUCAUGAGAAGAAAUGAAGUAAAAUAUUGUGU